UCCCUUUCCACUGAGAGGCUGGGAGGGAGUUAGUUUCAUUCCAACCACGACGCGGUACGGACGCCUGUAAGCCCGAGACGUAAUUCCCGCCAUACGUAAAGAAAAGACUAAAUCACGAAAACCUCAGUCUAAGAAAACAAUGGAUGUCGUGUUCAAAGACACGAAGAUGGCGCUGUGAUGACCCAAGGACGAGAACCGCUGACCAUAAUGGACGGCAACCUCCAGACAGACUUCUCCACGAAGACCAAGCGAGGCGUUUACCUUUCCAAGAGCCUCACCUUCGUAAUACUCGUUAUAUUCGCCCUAGCGCUGGUGGCUACAGCGUUCAUAGUGUACAACUUUGCAGCCUGCCCAAGGACUGAUCACUUGGCUAACGUCACCAAAUAUGAACACAUAUGUGAUCAAUCUAAAUUACUAGUUAUACCUUUAAGUACUGAAAAUAGUAAAAGUGUUACAUUAGUCGAAAGCACAACUAAUACAGUCGAAAUAACCACAAGUGAAAACGAGAAUGCCGUUAAAGACGUUAGACUACCGAAUAAUAUCAAACCGGAUAGGUAUAUCUUGAGGCUAACUCCAUAUAUAUUUGAGGGUAACUUCACUUUUGAUGGUGAAGUCAGCAUUGUUAUAACGGUUAAAAAUAAAACUAAUACUGUUACUUUUCACGGUGUAGAAUUAAGUUUUCAUAAAAUUGAACUGUAUAAGAAAGUGGAUGGUAAGGCAGUGAAGAUUGUGAGAAGAACAGAAGAUGUGCCGAGGCAGUUUCACAUAUUAACAACAGCGGAGGACCUUAUUGCCGGACAACAGUAUGUCUUGAAUAUAACAUUCACGGGAAUUCUUAAUGACAACCUUCAUGGCUUCUACAGAAGUUUGUAUGAAGAGAAAAAAGAUAAAAGAUGGAUAGCAGUUACACAGUUCCAAGCGACGGACGCCCGCCGUGCUUUCCCGUGUUGGGACGAGCCAGCUUUGAAGGCAAAGUUCACCAUCAGUAUAGCCCGACCGAACAACCUAACCUCCAUCUCCAAUAUGAACAUCGUUGGAAGAGAGGCACACGAAAUUCUGUCGGAUUACACGUGGGACCAUUAUGCUGAGUCUCUACCAAUGUCAACGUAUUUAGUAGCUUUCGUAGUUACCGACUUCGCUAAUAUGACUGACAGUAAGAAUAACUUCUCGGUUUGGGCUAGAAAGGAAGCAUUGCCAUCUGCAGCCUACGCUUUGGAUAUCGGGCCAAAGAUUCUGAAGUUUCUCGAAGAAUACUAUAAGAUAAAGUUUCCAUUGCCGAAGAUAGAUAUGAUAGCUUUACCGGAUUUCAAAGCUGGUGCGAUGGAGAACUGGGGAUUAUUGACUUUCAGAGAGAUAGCUAUGCUAUAUGAUGUUGGCGUAUCUCCGACUACGGCCAAGGCUCGAGUGGCAUCGGUGGUAGCCCACGAGAUCGCACACCAAUGGUUCGGAAACCUGGUUACACCGGCAUGGUGGUCGGAUAUUUGGCUGAACGAAGGAUUCGCCAGCUAUGUUGAAUACGUUGCUGUUGAUGCGGUGGAGAAAAGUUGGAAAUUGAUGGAAGUCUUUGUCCUGAACGAAGUGCAAAGCGUUUUUAAGUUGGAUGCUUUGACAUCGUCUCACCAGAUAUCUGUAGAAGUCGGCAAUCCUGAGGAAAUAGGGGCUAUUUUCGAUAAAAUAUCUUAUGGAAAAGGCUCAGCAAUCCUGCGUAUGAUGAACCACUUCUUAACCGAUGAUGUCUUCAACGCGGGAAUCACGGAUUAUCUCAACGCGAAGAAGUUUGGCGACGCAGAACAGCGUGACCUUUGGAGUGCUCUUACAAAUGCGGCGAGAGAAAGGAAAGCUUUCGACGCAGAUGUUGGCGUGGUCAUGGACUCUUGGACUUUGCAGACUGGCUUCCCCGUUUUGACUAUCACGAGAGAUUAUAAAACGGGAGUUAUUACUUUUAAACAGGAACGAUUCGUCUUAAUAAACGAUACUUUAGAUGGAAACAAUUCCUCUGUUUGGUGGAUUCCCGUAUCAUAUACAACAGCUGCUGAGAAAGAUUUCUUAUCAACGCGACCCAAGCUGUGGUUAAGAGGAGAGAGAUCCAUUGUUGUUGAGAACAUAACCAUUGGUGAAAACGAUUGGUUCAUUGGCAAUAUACAACAGACAGGAUUCUACCGUAUCAACUACGAUCAGCGUAAUUGGAACAUGCUGAUAAAAAUCCUGAACAAUAAAUCACGUUUCCAAGAGAUUCAUCCCAUAAACCGAGCCCAAAUCAUUGAUGACUCGAUGAACUUGGCUUUAUCUGGUCGGCUGGACUAUAGAACUGCUUUGGAUAUAACCAGCUAUCUGUCACAUGAGAAGAGCUAUGUGCCGUGGAAGGCAGGUCUCGUAGCCUUAGGAUACAUUGAUACUAUGUUAUCUAAGGGAGCCUACUAUCUUGAAUAUAAGAGAUAUGUCCUGCGGUUAUUAAACAGUACAGUGCAAGAGUUAGGUUGGGAAAUAAUGACGAACGAAAGCGUGGUGCGAGCACAGCACAGAGUGGACUUGCUGUCAACCGCCUGUCAUCUGCAACACGUUGAAUGCUUGGAGCAAGCUGUCAGGAUGUACACGAAUUGGAUGCUAAAACAUAACCCUGAUAAUGAUAAUGACAUACACGCGGAUCUACGUAGUACCGUGUACUGUGUAGGAGUUCAAGCUGGGAACGCUAGGGAGUGGAACUUUGCAUGGGAACGAUUCCUGGCAGUCAGCGUGCCUUCCGAGCGAGAACUGCUGCUCUCCGUGCUCGGGUGUACUAGGGCACCAUACUUGCUAUACAGAUAUUUGGAUUUAUCACUCCGGAAUGAUAGCGGUAUUCGAAAGCAAGACACUGUGAGGGUGUUCUCAGCGGUUGCAAGCUCUUCUAUCGGGGAGCCUAUAGCAUUCAACUUUGUUCGCGCCAACUGGCAAAGGUUAAAAGAUUAUGUUGGGUCUGUAUCUACAUUAAACUCGAUUCUAAAAGUGGUUACAAGAAGACUGAAUCAAGCUCAUGAGUAUGAGGAGCUGAAACGAUUCGUGUCAGAGUCUUGCAGCGACUUAGGCAGGCCAGUACUGCAAGUGCUAGAGAGGACGGCUGCCAACGUUCAAUGGAUGGAACAGAACUACCAGACAAUCGUCAAGUGGCUUUUAGCUGUAGAUAAAUCUGCGCAUAGGGUUACUGAUGCGUGAUUGAUAAAUUAAUGAUGUAUUAUUUCCACACAAUAGUUAGGGUAUCGGCCUUAGCAUCUACAUAUGUACAAACUUUAUCUACUUCUUAUGGCUCCUAAACGUCUCUCUAUACGAGUAAUAUUAAAACUUUGAUUAGUUAAGUGGCAAAAAGGGAAUGCUAUGUUAAUGCUCGGUUAAGUGAUCAGUGAUUCCUCAGUGCCCGAAGACCAAAGUCUUCGAACAGAAUCAUGGUUACUAC